CCUGGAGGAAGCCCCAGCCAUCGGCCAGGUCGCCGCCUAGAGGACGAGCAUGGAUGAACGCGUGUUUGUUCGGCUCAUUAUAUCCUAAAGAAGAGCUUGCGAUAGACUUGGGGGAUCCAUUGGAGAUAGACUUUGGCGGUAAUUGGCGUUAGGUUUGUUUUUGGUCGAGAGAGCACUCACUGCCUCUGUCUUGUUCUUGAAUCGUUCCACUGCGGGGCCGACGCCACAGUACGGUCUCGAAUCUGACACGGCGCGGGAGCAAUUGACGCAGGAAAGGGACCGAGCUCCAGAAUUUCCAAACCCGAACACCAACAUCCAGCCGACCCUGGCCGCCGCUCGUUCUCCAAGCCAUUGAGCGCUGGUUCGCCCAGCCCUCGUCCCCAAAAAUGGCGGGCACGUAUUUGCGAGCCCAGCGCUCCCUCGCGCCCGCCCUACGACCGUUCUCUCGUGCGCAACCGAGACUCAACAAGCCCGUCCCGCGACGGGCGGCCUCGACCACCUCAACCUCCUCCUCGUUCUCCAGCCGAGCUGCCUCCACAGCCCGAAACAUCCUCGUCACCACCGCCCUAGCCGCUGCUGCUGGCCUAACCUACUAUUAUGUCACCGACACCCGCGCCUCCUUCCACCGGUGGCUCGUGCCCCCACUGUUGCGCAUUAUCUUCCCCGACGCCGAAGACGCCCACCACGCCGGCACCGCCGCCCUCAAAACACUCUACUCGCUUGGCCUGCACCCCCGCGAGCGUCCGUCCGCGUUGAAUUCGGACCCCGCUCCCAAUUCUAAGAAGAACUCGUCCUCCUCGUCCUCAUCUCCCGCCGCCAAUCCGCUCGCAGUCACGGUCUUUGGCGUGCCCCUCGCCAACCCGAUCGGCAUCUCCGCCGGCCUGGACAAAGACGCCGAGAUCCCAGACCCGCUCUUCGCACUGGGCGCUGGCGUCGUCGAGGUCGGCGGCUGCACGCCGCUGCCGCAGGCGGGCAACCCGCGGCCGCGCGUGUUCCGCAUCCCCGCCGUCGACGGCCUGGUCAACCGGUACGGGCUCAACUCGCGCGGCGCCGACGCCAUGGCGGCGCGGCUGCGCGAGCGGCUGCGCAGGUUCGCUAGGACGCUCGGCCUGACCGAGCGCGAGAUGCUGGACGGCGAGGCCGGCGACGCGCUCCCCACGGGCAGUCUGCAGCCCGGCCGGCUGCUGUGCGUGCAGAUCGCCAAGAACAAGGCCACGAAUGAGAGGGAUAUGCAGGCGGUCAUCAGGGACCAUGUGUACUGCGUGCAGAGGCUGGCGCCGUACGCGGACGUGCUGGUGGUGAACGUCAGCAGCCCCAACACGCCCGGGCUGAGGGAUCUGCAGGCGGCGGAGCCGCUGGCGCGGCUGCUCGGUGCUGUCGUGGACGAGGCAAAGCGGACACACCGGAAGGUCAAGCCGAGAGUCAUGGUCAAGGUGUCGCCGGACGAGGAUGAUGAUACCCAGAUAGAGGGCGUCGUGCAGGCGGUGUGGAUGAGCGGCGUAGAUGGGGUGAUUGUGGGCAACACGACCAAGCGCCGGACCGGGUUGGUGCCGCAGGGGGUGAAGCUGACGGGCAAGGAGCAGAGGGCGCUGGCCGAGGAGGGAGGUUUCUCCGGGCCGGCCAUGUUUGACCGGACGCUGAGCCUGGUUGCGAGGUACCGCAAGAUGCUCGACAGCUACUCGCUCAAGGCUGCCGGGGUCGACGGCGCUUUCCCGCCGCAGAAGGUCAUCUUUGCGACCGGCGGCAUCACCAAUGGUGAGCAAGCGUUGAAGGUGCUGAAUGCCGGCGCCAGCGUGGCCAUGGUCUACACUGGCCUGGUGUACGGGGGCUCCGGCACGAUUACGCGGAUCAAGAAGGAGAUGCAGGAAAAGCUCGCCGUGACGGCUGCAUGAGGCGACCGGGCUGCCCUGGUUGGCACGCUUG